AUGGGGACAAAGAAGAAGACGCAACGGGCCCCCUUUUUCUUCUUCAUCGUCGCAAUUUACCUCCUACAGACAACGGUAGCAUCUCGGCCGGUCCUCCUGAGCCACCAGGAGGACCCUUGCCGUCCGAUCGACCAUAAGUCCCUCCGGUCGGAUCAGCUCACAGUUCUCAUCAACGGUUUUUCCGAAUCGCGCCUCAUGCUCCUCCAGGAGAUCGCCACCGUCUACUCCUCAUCACCGGCCGUCCACUCCGUCUACGUCCUCUGGGGCAAUCCUUCCACCGCAUCGCAAACCCUCAGAAACAUCUCUUUCCAAUCCCUGGGAGCCCCCAUCUUCCUGUUCCGCGACGCAAGUCCUAGCUUGAACAACCGUUUCCUACCUCGCCGCUUCAUCCGUACACGGGCAGUGGCCGUUUGCGACGACGACGUCCGAAUCGAUUCCGAUUCCCUCCGUUUCGCCUUCCGGGUAUGGCAAAACCACCCUGAGAGAAUCGUGGGAUUCUUCGCACGUUCGCACGAGUUCGAUCUCAGCCGGCGAUCAUGGAUGUACACGGUGAGCUCCACCCGACUCUCCAUCAUCCUGACCAAAUUCAUGGUGGUUUCGAUUGAUUACCUCUUCGAGUACACGUGCCGAAUUCCCGCAAGCGUCCGGGAGAUCGUGGACAAGCGGCGGAACUGCGAGGACAUUGCGAUGAACUUCGCGGUGGCGGCAAGGGUGGCGGCGGGGCCGAUACUGGUGGAGGGGAAGGCCAGGGACUACGGGGACAGCAGGAAUUGGGGGAAGAAGCAGAAGGGUGGUGGUAAUGGUGGGGGUGGCGAUACUGAUAAGGCGGAGGGAGGGCUGAGUUGGAGGGGAAACCAUAGGAGGGAUAGAGGGGACUGCAUAACGGAAUUCCACAAGGCAUGGGGGAGGAUGCCGCUGAGGUACAGCUACGGGAGAGUGGUGGAUGGGAUCGAGGAGCAGGGGCUCUGCAAGAAGGGAAAAAAGCUAGUACCCUGUGAUGAGCAGGAGUGAUGUGGUGAGGGUGGGGAGGGACGUUGUGGCCGCGCAUGCUGUGUUCGAUUCACACAGCACUAUGAUUUUGAUUUAAACGGGAUGAGAGAAGUUGUUUUGGAUUGAGGAAACGUUGCUUUGGAUUGAGCAGUGCAACGCGAGGGUGGACCGGUCUCGCCCACUCCCUUUUUCUCUCUUUUACUCGGAGAAAUUAUUUUGUUAGGAUAUAUGGAAAAAGGUCUCCAAACAUUGUCUUGUAAUCAAUUGCGUAAAAGAUCUUCAAUUAUAAUUGAAAUAACAAGUUUUUCGUGUUCAAUGUAA